AUGACAGCAGAUACACACAAGUGCAUAUGUAAAACAAGGUCAAGAUGCAUUGCUGCAUUGAAGUCUCCAGCUCCCAAAUGCAACAUGUCUAUCAAUCCACCAAAGUUGUCAAAGGAAAUCAUUACCAUAUUGGAGUCCCUUUGCAUGAUGAAACGCUCCUUUGAAAUGCUUGCUGGAGAAAGCAUCCCAGAAUUUGUGGAGAGGCCUUAUCCAGCAACAGCAGCCAAGGGAGAUAAAGUGAUAUUCCAAGCUAAAGUGAGAGGUAACCCAAAGCUUAAUGUAACAUGGAAAAGAGAGAGUGGGAUACCAGUGAAAGAAAGGUUCAAAGUUUUUUUUUACAGGAUCAAUAAGGAGUAUGUGCUAAAGGCAGUCCUUUGUUUCGAAGUCUGCUGGCCAGCACAGGUCAAACUGCCUUUUUCUUCUCCUACAAGACUCCCGAGCCUCAAGUCCAACAGCUUCCAUUCACACUCUUCUAGACUCUGUAUUGCGCCGAGAAUGGACUUGAUCCAAAGUACAUCAUUGUCAGUGAGAAUACUUCUGUUUGUUUCACUGAUUUUUUUUGUGCCUCUCAAAAAGUUGAAAGAGAUGGAGAAGAAAGUGAAAAUUGAGACAGACAGAAUUCUGAAGCCCCUUGAGGACAUUGAAGUUGAAGUGGAUUCCACUGCUGUGUUUAAUGCCAUUCUGGAACUGAAGGACCCCAACAUUAAAAUUACCUGCUUUAAGGCAAGUUGGGAUUGGACAGAGUGUUUAGUAGAUUGGUUGUGUGGAAAACUGCUUUACUUGAGCCAAAGAGUGAUCCUGUGCCAGGCACUGCAGCACUUUGGACAGAUAAUGCAGAAAGAUGUCAGUCCUUCUUUUGCCUGCCAAAUGGUUCCAGAAAUAUUUCACUUGGAAGUUCAGUGGGAAGGGGGGUUGAAGCGAGAUGAUAAGUAUUAGACCAUCACAUCUGAUGAUGGAUUGACUUUCACUUUAAAAAUGAAGGAUUUUCUGUCCAGAGACCUUGAGGAAAUCAGGAUUCCAAUUAAGUUCAUCAUCAAUCUCAAGAAUUUCCAAAGGAAAGAGAAGGGAAAAGCCUGCCUGGAGUACAACCUGACUUCUCCAGACAUCACCCUGAAGUUGUUUCCUUUCUCAGUCAUCUUUUCAGAUUACAGAGAUGAAAGGUUCCAGAUAGUGAAGCAGGGAGCUCUCCACAAGCAACACUGAAAAACAGGACAGCAGCAUGAGGGGAAGUAUCCAUUCAGAGCCAAGGGGACAGAGGAAAACACCAAAAUCAUGUUCUUUCCAGAUCCUUCAGUUACUGAAGAAUUUAUCUGGGAGCUUUUUGCUGCACACUCCGAUACUAUGAAGGCAGGGCAUACAGAGAACAUCAAGUUGCUUUCCAAGGCAGAGCCAGUGCCCACAAUCAUGUAGUUCAAAGAUGGUAUUGAGGUGAUAGAGAAAGAGCAAGUGGUGAUGGAGAAAGCCGGUGACUAUGCAUUACUCUCAAUCAAGAACUGUAAGAGAAUAGGGCAUAUGCUGAAGCUGGAAAGUGACUGUGGCUCAGAUUCUGCCAGGCUUUACCUCAGUGUUGUUGAUAAAACCAACCCCACCCCCCCGCCCCCCCAGGGCAAAACAGAUCCUGGAACACCCAGAAAAUGCAUUGAAAUGAAAUGGAAAGCACCCAAAGACUAUGGAGAAAAGUGAGUGACUUGCUUCAUCAUUGAGAGGAGGAUGGCAGGGAAAAACUCUUGGAUCAAAGUGGGGGAGGCGGGGAGCAAGUACACCAUGUUUGCUACAGAUCAGGUGGAGGAAGGGAAAGCCUACCAAUUCAGAAUCCUUGCUGUCAACUCUGAGGAUCUCAGCGAACCACUGGAGAAAGAAGCGUUUGCUGGAGAACCCAUUGAUACCAAAUUCAAAGCGGAUGAUCUGCUGGAAGAUAUAGAUGAGUUCCAUGUAACAGCUGUGAGCCGCACAGGCCCUGAGUGUCCCAGUGUACCCUCAAGUUCUGUUGUUGCAAAGGAUCCCAUCAAGCUUCCAGGACUGGUGAAGGGCCUUCACAUGGUUGAUUCUUCCAACUCCAGUGUUUCCUUAGCCUGGGCGGAGCAGGACCACGGAGAUGCACCUCAUGAUACAUACUAGAGAUGCAUCAAGAUUUCAGUCUCCGGUAUCAGUUACACUGUGGGAAACCUGCAGGAGAGGCAGAAAUACUUCUUUUAAAUCUGAGCUGUGAACGAAGCUGAUGUGGGAGAGACAGUGGAGUUACAGGAAGGAAUUCUAGCAAUGCCACCUCCAGCAAUCACUAAUCUGCAGCUGGUUGAGGAAGUCUCAAACACCGUGACCCUAAAAUGGAAUCACAGCCUAGACGCAGAAGAUGAGCAGACUUUUUACAUUAUCCUGAAAUGUGAUGUUAAUACGCAUACUGUAUUCCUGUACAGGAACCUG